AUGUCACUGAGAUCAACCGAAAGUGCGAUUGAACUUCAAUUAAAGCCUGUUCAUAAGUCCAAGUACAACCAGUUCAAGUUUCAGUCAUCUUUGAGUCAGAUUUUCCAAAUGGUAACGCAAAAGAAGUAUGAAAAAAAGACAAAUUCACAAUCUGAAUCAUCUGCACUUCGGCAUUUAGAUCAUAGUGUGACAACACUGAAGUCAAAAGGAAAAGAAAAACAUAUUUGUCAAGUGGAUCAACAGAAGUCACAGUCCGAACUUCCGAUACAGUCUUCUUUACCAUUAUCACAACCUUCCACGGACACUGAUUUUUUGUCAUAUGGUUUAAAUUUCCCAUUUCAAAACAAUAUAUUUACUCUUUCACAGCAACCAUAUUUUGUAAAUACAGAUAAUGCUCCUUCAACUACCUAUAUGGAGUCUGCUCCAGUGAUCAAGAUGUCCGGAAUAGAAAGUCGGACAGGCACUUUAAUGUCACAAUCAUCUGCAGGGCAACCUUUUCUUGAUGGUUCGCAUUCAGCAUAUAGAGAUUCUUUUUCAGAAGACUUUUCUGUUGAUCAUAGCAUACCACAGUCGUCAAGCAGCGAUGAUUUUCCUGUUGGAAACAACUAUAAUCAAUCAAGUUUUCCAUUCCAAGGUGAACGGGCCCAUUUCAACAAAAUACAUCGGCAGCAAAGCGUAUUGUCAACAAAUUUAUCAUCAACAACCACCUCAGAUAUUGCAAAUAGAUUUAAAUAUAUAAGUACUGCUUCAAAUGUGCCGGCCUCCGAUAUGCAUACAAAAAUUAGGCCUGUUCCAAUUUUACAACCAAACUCGUUUCCAGUCCUCAGAACCAACGGAAAACCUAGAAAAGAGAAAUUGGUGAAGAUCGCUUUAAGAAAACGAUGCUACAAAAGGAAAAAGAGACGGAUAUCUGGGAAUGGAACCAAUUUAGACGGAGCAAACUUAGCAGUAAAUACCAACCAUCAGGAAAGAAAAUCUAGAAUUGGAAGGCCUCUCAAUCCAAAAACUAAAAUUAAGUUGACCUUAGUCCCCAAUUUGGUAUCAUUGCACUCACUGCUAGUUUCCACACAUAAAGAGCAAGAUAUUACUAUUUUGACCCAAGGCAAUUUUACCAAAAAGAUGGUUGCAGAAGAGUUAGAUAUGGAUCCAAAUAUAGAGUGGAAAUUUCGACCCAAUCAACAUGGUGAAGUGUUUCCUGGUCAAGCACAUACAUUGAUUUUUGUUGAUAAGGGCUAUCAACUAAUGAAAGAUGAAUCUCGAGCAUAUGUCUCACCUUAUUUGUAUCCUGGGGCAAUAGGAUUUGAAUAUAUAGGAAAGCAUACUGAUUUACCGACAAAUCCGGAAAAUGAAGAUAAAGAUAGAGGUACUUAUUUGACAUCCGGCCAGGGAGUAAUUCCGAUAUAUGAUGAUUUUGCUUUAGCAGUCAGAGAGCUUUUUCAAGCAAGAACAUUCUCUUUGGUAAGAGUCACACGAGCUGCUGCAUUUGAGCGCACUGGUGCAAUCGUAUUGAAGCUGGAAACAGCUCAUCCGGGAGAUAUACAGCUUAAUGAUGAAGAUGAAAUCGUUGAUAAUGGUCGAAACAACGAGGACGGAAAAAUUUACUUGGGACAAAAGGGAGAUCCGAUAACAACUGCAUUUAUAAAGAAAAGAAUUGCUCGACCAAGAUAUAAAGCAGACAUGCGAAUAUAUUUCAUUCCACGUGAUACAAAUGCUGUCCUCUAUUCGAGAGAAGCAAUGCUGGAACGUGAUUUGCUGAAUGGAAUUGUGAAUCCUUUAACAGAAAAGAGAUUAGUUACUUGUGCCUUUGAUUCCCGUCCAUGGUUAAGAAAACUUGGUAUAACCCAAAGACAAAGCAUCCAAUAG